UCUCUUUCUUUCUCCCUCCCUCUCUCUCUCUCUCUCUCUCUCUCUCUCUCUCCCCCCCCCUCCCUCGUCCUUCUGGAGGGUUCGGUAGCUUUGGGGGAAACCCAAGUCGCGGAGAGGAGGAGAAAACAACGACUGGUUUGCGUUUUGGAAUCUCCGCGGUGGAUUCGGCGGUUUUGAGAUGUUUGGAUCGAAACCUGGGAGCUUAGGUUUAGGUUCGGGGUUGGAGCUCGUCCGCUGCUGCUGCUUCGAAGAUGUUUGAUUGGAACGACCCAGAUCAGGUAGGUCACACCAUAUGGGGUGAACUAAGUGAAAAUGAAGACCAUAUAGUCCCUUAUACCAAGGGCACUGAAGAUAAUACGUUGCUUAAUUUUGGAGAUUAUAACAAAAAACAGAAAAGUGAAGAAGCUAACACUGUUUUAAGGUCCACUGAGCACACUGCUGGAGUUAAAAAUGAUUUUACUGGAUGUAACCUGGAAAACCAUUCCACCUUCGAAACAAAUGAAGAACUUUCUGCUCCAAGACUUGACAUGGAUUCGUGGCCUGAUUUGCCUUCUUUAAGUGCUGCACUUGGUAAAGGAUACAAUGAUGAGAAUGGUCGGGAUUCUAUAGCAACAGAACUGAUGAACGAUUUCAAUGAAACAUCCGACCUCAACGAAGUCAGAGUGCAGCUGGAUUGCGAAGCUGAAAUGUUUGGCAACAAUCAUGGAGAUAAAGAUAGUGACAGUUUUCUUGAUUGUGAUUGGGCUAACAUCGGAGACUUUGAUGAUCUUGACAGAAUUUUUAGUAAUAAUGAUUCCAUAUUUGGACAUGAAAUGAUCAGCAAUGCCGAGGAAUAUCUUUGUCCAUCUUCAGAUGUAAUUAGUGGGACUGCACAUUCAAUUCCAAUGCCUGACAUGCCAUUAAGCAGGGAAGAAACUUCUGAUCAUGGUUCUUCCUGUGGGAACAGAAAGUCAGAAGAGAAGACAGCAGAUAAUACUGUGAAAACUGAGGAGCAAGCUGAAUGUAAAACUCAUCUUACCAGUGACUGUUGUGGAACACGCAACCAGUACCCAGACAAGAAUGAUGGCCAGAAGAAGCUUUUAAAGUCUCGUAAGAAAGCAGAAGAAAGAAACAAGAUUAAAACUAAACAGAAUUUAAGUAGUGCCUGGUCCCAUAAUGUUAGCCAGAGCCAUCAAUCUCCUAGUCCAAAUAUGCAUACUUUGGUCAAGACUCCGUUACAAACCUUUCAAUCUCCUGCUGCCACUCAACAAAGGCAGGUUGGUGGUGCUGAGAACAUGAGACACCUUGGCCCGUCUAAUCAGUUUCUGUUAUCUGGAUAUGGAUAUUUUCCAUAUCACUUUCCUGUCUUUCCACUGCUGCCACAUACUCAUGCUGAGAGGGACCAAGUGAAACCAGUUGCUGUUAAUUGUAAAAUUUUUCCUGAUUCCUCAAAGCAUUCAAAUUCUUUAGCAAAACCACCAGAUAUCUCUUCAAGACCAUUGACAAUGACACCUCAAGAAAAGAUAGAAAAACUGAGGAGACGCCAGCAAAUGCAGGCAAUGCGUGCAAUUCAACAGCAGCAGCAGCAAUUUGGUCAUCAAAUUACUGGUAAUGACAGUUUGGUCCUUCAAACAGGUUCACCAAAGAAACAAUGUCAGGAAUCUGUUACAAGCUCUGCUGUAGUUGAUGAUAGUGGAAAUAAGAUGUCAGCAUCAGAUUUGAGCAUGCUACUGGACCAAGAUGAGUCCCAGAGGAUCUCGACAUCAAUUGACGAUCACUCUUUGGAAGAAACCAUAUACCAUGAGCUUCAAGAUGCUCUGGGGAAGUUGGACAUUACCGUCCGACGUUGUAUUCGAGAUAGUUUGUUUCGUUUAGCCCAAAGUGCAACGGAAAGACAAAGUGCUGGUGAUAGAAGUAGUACCAACAAAAGUAACAAAGAUGAAGAUGAAGUUCCGGCAAACCAGGAAACAAACAGACAAAAUAGAUGCAAAAAAUUGCCAGAUGCAGAAACAAAUACAAAUCCCGUAGACCGAACUGUGGCUCAUUUGCUGUUUUACAAGCCUUCAGAAUCAUGUAUGGGACCUGUGAAAGAUGAGGUACCACAAUCGCCCGUUUCCUGUACCCCUGCUUCAAAGAUGCCUCUACAUGCUCAUGGAAGUACUUCUGAGGAAAAUCCUGAGAAUAAUGGAGAAAUGGAGGUGCAACCUUCAGUCUGAAAGCAAGCUGGUUGGAUCAUAAUGGGAAUGCCGGUGUUCUUGCACUGUAGCAGUCUAUUCAGCAAUAAACUUUCAUAUGCCGAUGUCUUCACAUAUCUAUAAGCACCUCAUGUAUCAUUUGGCUUUGUAGAUCUUCAAAAUGCUUCGGAUGUGUCUUCAUUGUCUGGACUAUAGAAGUUGGGUCUCCUUGUGUUUCUGUGCACACUGUAAGUGGUGUAAGAUAAAUUCUAUACCUAAAUUGUGUGUAUGUUAACAAGCAUACUGGAGAUGGCUGCUGAAAGGCUGGCCAUCGUCUUUGUUAACUAGAAUCCUUCAGCCAAUCCAUCUUCCAACUAAUAUUUAUAUGUACCAUUUAUGACUGAGGC